AGCUGUUUACACUCAUGGUAGUAAGUGGGCGGAGUCUGAAUACCAGCAGGAAACAGUUCAGGGUCACCUAGCUCACGUGCAGACUGAUCCAGGAGAAGUUCACGGUGAUAAAGUUAAACUCGCAUGUGUCAGAAAACAAACCUGAGAUCAUGUCGACAUGUGAGGACAGUGACGUGCGCGCGGAUCUCAAACGCUCCGUCAUGACCCGCGUGCCGCCGCUUCUCAACGAUCUCUACCAGUUCAGUAUGGCGUACGCGUACUGGAGAGCAGACAGACACCGGGAACCGGCCGUGUUCGAGCUCUUCUUCCGGGAUAACCCGUUCGGUGGAGGAUUCUCACUGUUCGCAGGUCUGAACGACUGUCUGGUGUUCCUCAAGAACUUUGCGUUCUCAGAUCAGGAUGUGGAGUAUUUACGCUCCGUGCUUCCAGCAAACACGGAUCCGGAUUUCUUCUUGUAUCUGAAGGAGCUGGACUGCUCAUCUGUGUCGGUCUGUGCUGUACCCGAGGGCUCUGUUGUCUUUGCCAGAGUUCCUCUGUUAGAAGUGUCCGGGCCGCUGGCUGUGGUUCAGCUGCUGGAGACCAGUCUGUUGUGUCUGGUGAACUACGCCAGUCUGGUGUGCAGUAACGCCGCUCGCUUCCGUUUAGCCGCAGGUCCCCAGCGUAGAUUGAUAGAGAUGGGUCUCAGAAGAGCUCAGGGUCCUGAUGGAGGCCUCACCGCCUCCCGUUACACGUUCGUCGGUGGGUUUGAUUUGACGAGUAACGCCCUCGCUGGUCGUCUCUACGGAAUUCCAGUUGUAGGCACCAUGGCGCACUCUUACGUCACUUCCUUCUCCUCUCUGGCAGAGGUGUGGCCAAAGACUCUGACUCCUGUGGGCGGCGGUGGCGGUAUUGACUUCAUCAGUCUGGUGAAGGGACGGCUGAGCUCCGUGUGUCAGUUAUUGGGGUCGAAAGCGGACCUCAUACGAGAGGGCGAACUGGCGGCGUUCAUGUCGUUCGCCAUCGCUUACCCUCACAACUUUCUGCCUGUGAUUGACAGCUACAGCGUCAGCUGUAGUGGUUUGGUGUGUUUCUGUGCCGUGGCUUUGGCUCUGUGUGAGCUGAAGUAUCAGCCGUUGGGUGUCAGAUUGGACAGCGGUGACCUCUGCAGACAGUCACUGGAAGUGCGACGAGUCUUCAAAGAAUGUAGCAAACAAUUCUCGGUACCUCAGUUUGAAUCUCUCAUCAUUGUCGGCACAAACAGCAUUUCUGAAAAGAGUCUCGCUGAACUCAACAAAAAAGAUAAUGAAAUUGAUGUUAUCGGCGUGGGAACUCAUCUUGUCACUUGUACGCGUCAGCCGUCUCUAGGGUGUGUAUAUAAGUUGAUAGAGGUCCGAGGUCGGCCCAGAAUGAAGUUAAGUGAAGACCCAGAGAAGAGCACGCUGCCCGGCCGAAAAUCUGUCUACAGACUUCUGGACACAGAUGGUCAUCCUCAGAUGGAUCUGAUCUGUCUGUCUGAAGAGCCCGUGCCGACCACAGGCGUCUCAUUGAACUAUAUUCCUCUAGUGUCUGAGACAUCACUUCAGUCCAUCACGCCUGCUCAAGUAACCAGCUUACGUUUGGAUGUCUUCACCUGUGGUCAGAUCAUGUAUCCUAUAAGCAGCGCGUCAGAGAGUCGUGAGCAAGCUCAGAUUUCUCUUCAAAUGCUGCUCCCCCGUCACAAAAAACUACAAGAACCGCACAAUUACACUGUGGGUGUGUCAGAGCGGCUGAACUCUCUAGUCUCUGAUAUCAGAAGAGGAAACAGUAAAGACAACAAAUUUCUGUUGUCAAACUGAAGCGAUGGAAUGCAGUCAGCAUCUGACUUUCUCAAAAACUGUGAAAUCCAACAAAUCCCACAAAUGAUCUAAUUAAAAGUGAGAUUUAUGCUCAUCUGGCACUUCUCUGUGUCUUCUAACACUAAUAAUAGAAAUCUGUGAAGAGGCGUAUGGUAUCAAUGCACCUCUGCGAAUUAACAAAAAAUUGCAAUUCAUUAAUAAAUAUUUUAAUAAAAAAAUCGCAUUGAUUCAUUAAUAAAUAUUUUAAUAAUUAAAAGUUGCAUUGAUUCAUUAAUAAAUAUUUUAAUAAAUAC